CAGGAUGGAGGACAUCUGCUGCUGUGAACUCAGUGCACCGGCUGCUGCUGCUGCUUCUUCACUGUUUGCUUCAGCUGUGGAAACUCUGCGCUGCGUCUUUUGACCAAAACCUCACAGUGGGAGGAUGACAGAGUGAAUGCUGAGACAAACAUUUAGGUUUUUUUUUUUUAACUUGUGCAGGUGUAGAAGACGCAGACGUUUUUCCUCAAACCGUGAACCUGCCUGCAGAGGAGAAGAGGACUGAACACGAUGCGAACCCGAUCUCCAAGCGCCUCUGCACCCCCUGAACAUGUGCAGCGCGCUCCGGCCCGCACACACCGGCGCACCGAGCAGCAGUGACCGCGCCUGGAGCUCCGAGUCCGGCUGAAACAUGUUCAUUUUGUGGGUCCCGCUGAGUUUGUUCCUCAGCUUCAUCAUUUCCCAGACGUGGAGCGUUCAGUUGUCGUGGGAAAACUGGAACGCGGAGCAGCGGAACCGGGCGAACGAGUUCGAGAAGACGAGCUCUCAGCCGCACAUCGUGUUCAUCCUGGUGGAUGAUCAGGGCUUCCGGGAUGUCGGGUACCACGGGUCAGAGAUCAAAACCCCGACUCUGGACCGGCUCGCAGCGCAGGGAGUCAAACUGGAGAAUUAUUACGUGCAGCCUCUCUGCAGCCCGUCCAGGAGCCAACUCAUGACCGGCAGGUAUCAGAUCCACACAGGCCUUCAGCACUCCAUCAUCCGAGCUACCCAGCCCAACUGCCUCCCCCUGGAAAAUGUCACCCUGCCCUUGAAGCUCAAGCAAGCGGGAUACUCCACCCACAUGGUUGGCAAGUGGCACUUGGGCUUCUACAAACGUGGCUGCAUGCCCACCCAGCGCGGCUUCGACACCUUUUUUGGCUCCCUACUAGGAAGCGGGGACUACUACAGUCACUAUAAAUGUGAAGGGCCUGGUAUGUGUGGGUAUGACUUGUAUGAAGGGGAAGAGGCAGCUUGGGAGCAGGACCGUGGCAUGUACUCAACUGUGAUGUUUACUCGAAAGGCCAUCAACAUCUUAGCCAAUCACAACCCUCGCAGACAGCCUUUGUUUCUCUACUUAGCCUAUCAGGCGGUGCAUUCUCCACUGCAGGUUCCUGCACGCUACCUCGAGCGCUACAAGGGUAUUCCAAACCUGCAUCGACGUAAAUAUGCUGCCAUGGUCUCCUGCUUGGACGAAGCCAUCCACAACCUCACGUUAGCGCUAAAACGCUACGGAUACUAUGACAACACAGUCAUAGUGUACUCCUCAGAUAAUGGGGGCCAGCCAUUAUCAGGUGGAAGUAACUGGCCCCUGAGGGGAAGUAAAGCCACUUACUGGGAAGGAGGGAUUAGGGCGGUGGGCUUUGUUCACAGUCCACUCUUGGUGAACAAAGGGACAAAGUGUCGAUCUUUGGUACACAUCACUGACUGGUUCCCCACAUUGGUGACGCUGGGCGAGGGGACUCUAGACGAAGAUCUAAAUCUGGAUGGGUAUGAUGUCUGGGAGGCCAUCAGUGAAGGACGCCCAUCUCCUCGUCAGGACAUUCUCCACAACAUUGAUCCAAUCUACAUCAAAGCCAAGAACGGUUCAUGGAAAGCCGGGUACGGGAUAUGGAACACUGCCGUUCAGGCUGCGAUCCGGGUCGGUCAUUGGAAGCUCCUGACGGGUGUCCCUGGUUACAGCGACUGGGUGCCACCUCAGACUUUUUCCAACCAGCGGUUAACCAAUCGCUGGCAUAAUGAACGUGUUCGCUGGGACCGUGGUAAAUCUGUCUGGCUCUUCAACAUCACGGCUGACCCUUAUGAAAGGGUGGACUUGUCUCAGCGUUACCCUCUCAUAGUGAAGAAGAUGCUAUUGCGGCUAGCGCAAUACAACAAGACUGCAGUGCCGGUACGCUACCCAUCUAAAGACCUGCGCUCCAACCCUCAGUACAAUGGAGGCGUUUGGGGACCAUGGUACAAAGACUCAAAGGAGGAGCAGGAGGUGGAUGAGAGAUACAAUUACUUGUUUAACAACCAUCUUGGAAAAAGAAGGUGGAAAAAUAAAUCGAUGAACAGAAAGUUGAAAAGGAAGGUAGAAGAAUAACCUACCAGAUGUUUGAAAGACUGUGAAAGACAGCUGUCUUUUUCUCAGGGAUGGACACUUCCUGUUUUAGGAUUGUCCUCUUCAGACUCUCCAACUCCAGUAGUUUGACCUUUACUGCAGUUUUUACUGUAUUAGCAACAGUACAGGUGGACCUUUUUUAGAUGCCUCAAGUAGAGCCCGACUGAUAUAUCUGUAGGCCGAUAUUUUCAGCCGAUAGUGGCCUAUUAAAGAUACAUGGUUGUUGGCCUUUAUGUUUCCUGAUAUCUGCCUCAGUAAAAAUGUUUUCCUUAAGCCUGGCACACACUAAAAGAUUUGAGAAUCCGAAUAGAUGUGAGAGAGCCCACACUUGAAGACAGAUCCUGAUAGAUUUAAUGACCAAAAGAGCACACACUUAACAGAUUAAUUCACCAGCAACCGGAGUCCUGACUCUCAAAACUCAAAAUCCAAUUAAAUGUGAAUUUAGAGUAAAUAAACAUGGCCGACUAUGGGGAGAAAGAGUCUGCCAUAAUUCACAAAAGAAAAAAGUAUGGAUGAAGCCGUGAGAUGGCGUGAACAUGAGCUGUACAUCUUAGUAAAAGUUGAUUUGCUGAGGCCGUAGUGCUUCCUUCAUCAGUGCUUCAGUCUCGCUUCUCAGUUCACAGAGUGCGGGCCCUGCUGUCCUCGGGGUUCCCCCCGCACAACAAGAGAUCGAAUCAUAAAUGUUAAACAUGUUCAAUAUUUUCGGGUGCAGCCACGCUGUUCUUCCGAGCAGAUCGGAUCACUCUUAACAGACCUCACCCUACAGGAAAAAAAAGAGAAACUUUAGAGACAUCAAAAAACAUCAGGAUUUGUCAGAAUUGUUUUGUCAGAGGGCCCAUCAGAGCUGGACAGCCCACACAGUCCCUUGUAUAGUCAAAUUAGUUCAAAUUGUGGAUUUUCGCAACAAUUUAGAACUAACUCAGAAAGUGUGCUGUCCAGCUCUGAUGUGACUUCUGACAAAAGUAAACAAAAUCCUGAUCUUUUUUUUCGUCAGAUUAUCCAGUAGGUUGCGGUCUGUUUAGAGUUAUUCAGGGUUACUCAUGAUAGGAAUACAUGAUAUGAUAAGACAACAAAAUGAUAAAUCACAAUAUCUAACUCACUGAAGAAUAUAAAAUGCCCAUAAAAAAGGUUGAAUGCAGGAUUAAAGACAGGGUUGGUAAUUUUUUAAAACUAGCAUGAUUUUGAAAGUAGCAUUCCCUCAGUGCUGCGUCUGCAACCGCCCCCUCCCCUCUGUGCUCCCUCAAAAGCCACGCCCCUCACUUUACAUGCACAAGCGCCAUUGGUCCAGAAGCAGACCUCAGCUCAUGUUUUGAGUGUGGGCUAGUGCACGCAUGGGGUAAAUAACGAGCAGGGAGACAGGGAGGUUCAUGAUUGGUUCAUCAGAUUGGUACCUCAUGGCAGACAUUGGUUGAAGUUUUUAGAGGCUUACAACAUGCUACAGAUGACAGAUUUUCUUUGUUCCUUUUUCAGAAAACAUGAGUUAUUAAUUUCCGUCAGGACCUAAAGACAAUUUCAACCAAAAGUGUUUCUGGAGGAAAUGACCAACCCUGCCUUUAAUGUAUUAAUUCACUGCAAUUCUGUGUCAUUUCACCCUCUUAUCAUGCUUCAUCCUCUAGCUGUCAUCUUCUCCUUCGUCCAGCUGAUAUACAUAUUUUAAAAUAUCAAUAUUGGAACCAAGCAGCCAUUGGAUGACCACAUAUCGAUAAUGUGAAAUUGCCAUAUCAAUAAUUUGUCCCCCCCUUUAUAUCGGCUUUUAUAUCUGUAAUCUGUGGUUUUUUUUCCUCAUGACCAUCAAACAUCAGCGUACAUCUUUUAAACACCUUUAUCAGUCGGGCUCUAGCCGUCAGAACAUUAUGACAUAACUCGCUCACACACUACUGUCAUGCCCAGACACAACUGAAACCUCACGUUACUGCUCGGGGGCAUUCAAAGAACGUUUAUUUUUCUAGAUCGUGUUGCAUGCUUGAACUGUUGUCACCUUUUUGUAACGUUCCUGUAGAUUCACGUCUCUAUUAGUGUAUAGAAAUAAAUCUUCCUCGACAGUUGCCAUAAGUCUUGGUGACAGAGAAAUAAAGUGAGACAUAGUUCUAAUGUGUUGAUGAUUGCAGCGAUAUGCAGUAUAUCAUGCAAACAGAUGUAGGAUUUAUGUGAUGUGUGCGUUGAUGUAUGUUGGUUUUAUAAGCACAGACUGUCUGAACCUUUUAGAAUAACAGAUUUUGUUCCCUCUCUUAGAUGAUGUCUGGUCUGGAACCAGGCCAACAUGAAUGUAAGACAAACUAACUGAAUAAAAAAAACCCAGACGUAAA